AUGGCAAUCAUGGAAACGGAUACCCCCUUUGCCUCGUGGAAGCACCCUUUCGUCAGAGAACUGAGGGGUUGCGUGAAGCAUUCAAGGACAUCCAUUUUAUCCACCGAGUGGCGGCAUAUAGCUCGAGGUUUUUCGCAACUGGUGUUUGAGGAUCAACCCACAUGGAGCGAGGCGAGGUUCAUCGACGUGGUUGAUCACGUCCUCUCAAAUCAUGGUGUAGCCAUAAUCAAGUUCAAAGUUUCUGGGGUCGGUAGAGUGGACAUCGGAGCGGUUGAUCGUUGGAUUAGUCGCGUUUUUGAUCUAUCUGUCCAAGAGUUGACUCUCCGGAUGAGUCAUGGUUCGGAGGACCUCUUCCAUCGAAUUUCUGACCGACUGUACACUAACCACCAACUUACUUAUCUUCAUUUGACGUCAUGUUCGCUGGUUCGGCCACCACAAGCGUUUACUGGGUUCAGAAACUUGAAGAAGAUAGUUUUUUACAGAGUUUUCAUGCCUCAAGGUGCGGCCAACAUGUUCUUCGAUCAUUGCCAAUCACUUGAAGAGCUGAUCCUCGCUCGCAUUAUCAGUUGUGCAGUCUUGUACAUCAGUGCUCCAAGACUAAUGUUUCUGGUGGUUUCUAAUUCGUUUAAUGAGAUUACGUUUGUAAACACAAAAAGGCUUUCUCAUGUUAUCAUCCAUAAAUUAGAUAGUCCACCCGAAGCCACGGUUAACGGUCUGGGAAAUCUGGUCAAGUUUUUCAGUGUCUUGCCGAGUGUUCAAGUCCUAACAAUUAGUGGCCACUUCAUGAAGGUAUAUGAGCUUUCUCUUCGUUUGGUGUAG